ACAACAACAAGGAUGGCAGCAACAACAAGGACGGCAACAACAAGGAUGGCAACAACAAGGAUGGCAACAACAACAACAACAAGGAUGGCAAAACUCCAACGGACAAGCGAACAAUGGGAACAACUUCGGUUAUUAUAAUGGACAUGACAAUCAACCAAAACCAUUUGAUCAACUAACCAACGGUCGACUUUUCAUGGCAAAACGAUAUUUCCUAACUUCGGGUAACUCUAAAUGGAUAACUAUUGGUAUUCAACCACAAUCAAAACUCUUAUCUUCUGAAGCCAGUGGGUUUUACGUCGACAUUCUUAUUGAUGGCAACAAGGGGUCAAUGUGUUUGAAUGGUAUUACGGGGUUUAAAAAAGUGUGUAGAGCCUUACGUCAAUUCGAAGAAUUUCGUUUUUCAUAUCCAUCUACUAUGAGUUCAUAUGAUGCGCUUACAGACGAAAUAGAAUUUUGUGUUUCAAAAAAACUUAUCGGUGCGUCCAUUUGUUAUAAUAUUGUAAAUACAAUAACCGGUGAUAUGAGUUUCUUAGCGGUGACAUCCGUAAUGGAGUUACUGAAAAUUGAAAAGUUGAUUAUUGCAGCUGCAAAUAAUAUGGACAACAUGGUAGCGGAUAUUGAAUCGAAAUUCACUGAAUUAACUCGCAAAUUCUCAUCUGACUUUUCGACAAACAUGAACACUAUCGAAAGUUCGGGUGAUCUGUUUGCCGUUGAAAUUUUAACAAAUUUCAAUGAGCUUUUUAAAAUUUGUGUGGAAGAGAUGGCACGCACUCAGCAGCUUGCUGCUGCUACAGCACCGAGUGCUCCCACAACACGAAAACGAGCAGCAGCAGCACCAAAACCAAAAGCAAAUAAAAAAGCUGCCAUUCAACCACCUGUUCAACUACCUGUUGUUGUUAAUCAAGGUGAGCAGACUGUUCAAGCCGAACAGAAUGUUCAAGCUGAGCAGACUGUUCAAACUGAACAGAAUGUUCAAGCUGAACAGACUAUUGAAGCUAAAAAGACUGUUUCCGCUGAACAGUCUGGUAAGCAGAAGACUUACAAACAGUCUGACAUCGAUGGGUUGACCGCAAGUGGUCAAAUCAUCGAUUUAAGCGAAUUGAUCGACUACGAUCCCGUAUCGGAGAACGAUGGUGAAGCAGAAGAAGAAGAAGAAGAAGAAACAGCUACUCAAAUGUAAUUGAAAAAAUAAAAUUUCAAUAAAUUGUAGAA